UGGGAUAAAAGCGCCUGCCAAAUGACUAAAUGUAAAUGUAAAUGUAAGAAAGCUCAAAGUGAAAUGUGUUCAUGCGUCAGAGUGUAGUUCAUUCUUAGAGAUGGCUGUUAGCUGUCUAGGGUUCUGGUUCUAGGUUAGACCCAGCUGAGUUGCACAUAAUCUAGGUCAGGUCGUUUCCUGUGACUCACAUCCUAUCACGUACCUGUGUGGGACCGUUUCAGAGCUCGACACGCCUCCUGUGGUCACAUGGAACGUCACACCGAACAAGAAGCAGAAUGCGCGUGUGCUCAAGGUGUCCUGGAAGCCCCCUCCUGUUGAGGCGAGUGUGGGAGGCCUGCACUAUAAUCUCUCCCUCUACAAUUGGCCUUGUGCAAAACACCCCCACACCCUCAGCACCAACAGUACAGAGUUCAAAAUCACCAUCACCUUAUCUGUGGUCCGGGUCAACAUCUACGCCAGCAACAACUUAGGAUCGUCUCCGAGCCAGAACAUCACUGUGCCUGCAGUCCAGCACCUGAGAAACUGUUCCAAGGAGAUGGAGGUGGAUAAGAUGAAGAAGAAAGAGUUGAAGAGGAUAUGUUGGGAGUGGUACAGACUGGAGGAUGGAAAUACACAACCUGAACCGGCAGAGGUGAAAAACGCUACGAAGAAAAAAGAGGCUCACAUCACAAAGAUUGCAGACAUGGAGGACUUUGUGCGCUACUACUACUUUGCUCACAUGCGAACUAAGAGUAAGAAGAGGCCUCACACCCGCUACAGCUGCCCUGUAUACAAGAAUGAGUCAACUCCGCUGGUGGCGCCCCAGAACCUGACGGUGGUGGACGUGACAUCCACGUCUGUGAAAGCGUGCUGGCAGCCCAUCCCUGUGCCACUGCAGAGGGGCUUCCUCACGCACUACCGCCUCUGCCUGUCAGGAGUUUGUGAGAAUGUUCCAGAAUCUAAGACCUGCAAAACAUUCCGAGAUCUCACGCCUGCCUUCGAGUACAACAUCACAGUUGCCGGGGAGACCAGUAUGGGCUCUGGGCCCAGACGUAUGGUUAAGAUCUGGACAAGCCUUGAGGACGGCACAGGACAGACGGGCACGCAGAGGGAAUGGAUCAUCAUCGGCUCUCUGCUGGGUCUGUCGGUCCUGGCGGCCUGCCCCUUCAUCCUCAUCAGACUCAGAAACAAGCUGCCAGCAGUCCCAAAGCCCGUCUUCCAACUCUCAGCAAAGUACUCCCUUAGCUCUCAGGAAGUACAGCCACCCAAGGAGGAAGUGUAUGUGGUCACCCUGGAGCACAUGCAGAAGACCCCCGAAGCUCUGCGCUUCACCCCAGAGGAGGGGCGCACGCUGCUGCAGGAGGAGCAGGUGGGGAGCGAGUGCGAGGAGGAGGCGAAAGAGGAAAAGCAGGAUGAUGUCAUGAGUCGGCAGACACUCGGGAUCCCCGAGGUCACGGAAACGAUGGAGAGAACAUUGGGAGAAAACGAGGGCGACGUCACAUCGCCCGUCUACAAGAACGGGCUGUUCUUCGACGUGAACCUACGAGUCAUGUGA